GGCAAGUUUAGGUGGUUCUUUAUCUGGUCGGCGGGGCUCUUAGGGGACUUCUGAAGGAACAACCCCUCUGGACCCCGCGACCCCUCCAUCGCUAUUUCCACCGAUAUCCAUGUAUUACAGGGGUGGUAAUCGACCCAUAUAAUUCUUAGUCUUACUGUAAGGCAAGAGCCAACGUCGUAUUCUCAUACACAACAUCUACGGGAUGCACCUGACGAUUACACCUCCUAGACCUCCAGCUGAGAAAAGUUAUUACGCCGACAAGGUUCCACCUUACUCAUAUUCUUUUUUCUUGUCUGACGAUUAAAAUAUUCCUUCCUUUUCGUAUCUCCCCGAUCCUCCGCGACAGCCACUUCUCUCUUUCAACGUAGAGCAUGGCAACCGACGUUCCAUGAGUAACCUUUUGUCAUCAUAGCCUCAGACGAGCAAACAUACCGACUAACGACCAUAACUACUUAUAAACUACGAAUAAUAGAUCAAAUACAAAUUAGUUAUUCGAAUUGACUUGAAGCGAUCAUGUCAAACGGCACGAAUGGUUCGGCCCCGCCUCGUACCAACGGCGCGGGACCUAAUGACUUAGAGGCUCUAUGUCGCGAACUCAAGUCGAAAGUCGAUAUCUUUCUUGACACUGCUACCGAGGAUGACGUUCUCAACUCGGUGAAGAACCAAAUCAUAGUCGCUAGGGGUGUAAUUGACGAAGCAUUACGGCGAUAUAGACCCGAAGAACUCUCACUAUCCUACAACGGCGGCAAAGACUGCCUCGUCCUCCUAAUCCUAAUCCUCGCUUCCCUCCCGUCUUCCGCCUCGCUACAAUCGAAAUCUGCGCGACCUCUAUCCUCUUGUUCAUCUCCACCAUUCCCGCGCCACCUCCAAGCUCUCUAUAUCCGACCACCUCUUCCUUUCGCCGAAGUAGACGAAUUCGUCACUACAACCUCGGCGGCUUACCACCUAGACCUCACAACGUCGAAUCAAUCCAUGAAACCAGCAUUGACGGAAUACCUGCGCGAAAGACCUGAAGUUAAGGCUGUGUUUGUUGGAACGAGACGAACCGACCCGCAUGGUGCCGACUUGACAUUCUUCGAUGAGACGGACGCCGAUUGGCCUCGUUUUAUGCGCAUACAUCCCGUAAUCGACUGGCACUACCGUGAGGUGUGGGGUUUCAUACGCGCCUUAGGAAUCCCAUACUGCCCACUUUACGACAAGGGAUACACAUCACUAGGCGGUACAGACGAUACACAUCCGAACCCAGCUUUGAAAGAGGGAGCAAGUAAAACAGAAGGGCAACAAUUCCGACCCGCAUACGAACUUACAGAGGAUAGAGAAGAGCGACUGGGUAGGGAUCGAUAGCGUUUAUACAACUCCGCUCACUAGGAAAGGGCUAGAGGCUGUGUAAAGAGGGAUGAAUUACAUGGAGUUCAGGUGACGAUGAAAUACAUCUUAAGGGGGGUUAUAGGACAUCACUUUUUUU